AUGUACGUCUUAACCCGAUUGUGCCCUCCAUUAAUACGAUCGACGUUAUCUGGAGCAGUCAGUGAUCGGCACCUGAUCGCCUACCGAUGGGACACCCCGGCUCGCUGGCUCGAUCGCUGCCAGAUAAAACGGACAAGUCAAGGAGCCUGUGCCUUCAACAAAGAUUACGCUAUCGCCAACAUUAGCGAGUGGAUGAUCUUACCGAAAAAUGAGGAAGCAUUAGCGUAUGCGCUGUGGAAGGUUGGCCCGCUGCCGGUGAGCUUGAAUGCAGCCCCAAAGUCAUUCCAACUGUACAGUACCGGAAUCUACGAUGACGAGGCGGCUUGCGACAACUCGAAGGUGAACCAUGCGAUGCUACUCAUUGGCUACACGAAGGAGUACUGGAUACUAAAGAACUGGUGGGGCUCAUGGGGCGAGGAGGGCUACAUGAAGCUGGCCCGCGGCAAGAACCUUUGUGGUAUCAGCAACUACGCCGGUUACGUUGUGGUUUGAGGAGACUCGCUGAGGAAGAAAGUCAAGCCAAUGCACAUCAAAUAAACAUUUAAAUUCAUAAUCAAACGAUUGUUUGAAGCAUCAAACAAUGCGACAGAAA